AUGGUAAUUUAUAUUUUGAGGAUAAUUCUUCUACGGAAUUAUCUUUUCUAUCGCUUUUUCUUUCGACUUCCGAUUUUCUUUCCUUCCUAUCUAUCUCUCUAUCUAUCAGUUCAUAUCCCACUCCUUAUCUAUCUAUCUAUCUAUCUAUCUAUCUAUCUUAGUCUGUUCAUAUCUAUCUAUCUAUCUAUCUAUCUAUCUAUCUAUCUAUCUAUCUAUCUAUCAGUUCAUAUCCCACUCCUUAUCUAUCUAUCUAUCUAUCUAUCUAUCUAUCUAUCUAUCUUAGUCUGUUCAUAUCUAUCUAUCUAUCUAUCUAUCUAUCUCAUCUUCUGUUCAUAUCUAUCUAUCUCUAUCUAUCUAUCUAUCUCUAUCUCUGCUGUUCAUAUCUAUCUAUCUCAGUCUAUUCAUAUCUAUCUAUCUAUCUAUCUAUCUAUCUAUCUAUCUAUCUAUCUAAGUCUGUUCAUAUCUAUCUAUAUAUCUCAGCCUGUUCAUAUCUCUCUAUCUAUCUAUCUAGCUCAGUCUGUUUAUAUAUCUCAGUCUGUUCAUAUUCAUCUAUCUAUCUAUCUAUCUAUCUAUCUAUCUAUCUAUCUGCUAAGCCCUCUUGAUUACCUGCCUGUUAUCUAUCUAUCUAUCUAUCUAUCUAUCUAUCUAUCUAUCUAUCUAUCUAUCUAUGUCAGUCUAGUCAUAUCUAUCUAUCUAUCUAUCUAUCUAAUCUCUAUCUCAUAUUCAUGUCUAUCUCAGGCUAUUCGUAUCUAUCUCAGGCUCCCCAUUAUCUAUCUAUCUAUCUAUCUAUCUCAGUCUGUUCAUAUCUAUCUAUAUAUCUCAGCCUGUUCAUAUCUAUCUAUCUAUCUAUCUAUCUAUCUAUCUAUCUAUCUCAGUAUUUGCAUAUCUAUUGAUAAAAUUAUUAUUGUUUCCGCUGUCCCAGUUGAUUCAAAUAAUCUGAAAAAAAGACAAAGCCUGCCUGCUUAUCUAUCUAUCUAUCUAUCUAUCUAUCUCCUUUAUUUUAUAUGUAUUUAUCUGGUGUUUUUAGUCAUUACUUUUCUGUUUUCUCUCCUUUCUUUCUUCAACUUUUCUUCUUCAUUUCUGAAAUCCUGA